AUGAGCCGACGGGACAACAACGUGAGGAAAUUGUCCUUCCUCGGAUUCCACACCAAGGAGACGAGUAACGAUGACCCGAACGAGGUGCACCUCGACGACGAAAUCGAGCGAGUUUUCGGUACAUCCAGCGUGGAGAAGGAACGAUUCGAGCUGAACCGGCUGCAGGACGACGUCAUCCUGGACAACUCGCCGCUCAAGUACGACGAACCGCAACCGGCGGCGGCCCCGGUAACGGGGGCGGCUUCCGGCGACACCAGCACAUCGAGCGCCAGCAAUGGCACCACGACGAACCCUGCCACGAGCCACGAGGCCGGCGGCCGGAGCGGGGCUCCCUCGCCGCCCACCAGCCCCAUCUCGUUCUCGGCCAGGAGCGACGGACCGACGGACACGAAGCCGUCGUCCUCGUCGGCGGCCAACAGCACCACGCUGGCGGACAACACGUCGAACGAUUUCAGUGAAACCGUGCACGACGAACCGAUCGUCGAUCAGGGCACGACGCAGGGCGAACAGUGGGACACGAGCGCCCGAAGGAACGUACACUUCAACAAGGACAACAAAAGCGCCCAGUUCCAGGGGCUGCCACUAGAGGACAGCAACGAGGAGCGCCGUCGCCGUACCGAACGCCAUCAUCCGCACAAGUCGCGCAAGUUCUCGCUGCAGGAGUACCACCCGGAAUGGCGCCGGCAAAGCGGUACCGAGGGGGGCCCGACGGGGCGGCGCGUCUCGGUGCAACCGGAAGAUGCCGCGCUGCAGGAAGCCGACAUCGACGAGCUGACGUCGCACCGUUCAGACGAUCCGCGGGCCCUGCGCCGUCACAAGGUCAGCGCCCAGGCCGUGGCCCAGGCUGUGGCCGCCGCCACCGCUACCACCACCUCCGGCUCGUCGCUGGUCCACAUCAACCGCAGGGAAACGGGAGGUGUCCCGCUCGCCCACCUGCUCCCGUCGGCCAAGUACAAGAAGCUGUACGACCACAGCCCGCACGAGGUGUUCGUGCAGCUGGACGAGCUGACCGGCAGUGGGGAGGAGCGCGAGUGGAAAGAGACGGCUCGCUGGAUCAAGUACGAGGAGGACGUGGAGGAGGGCGCGGACCGGUGGGGCCGGCCGCACGUCGCGUCGCUGUCGUUCCACUCGCUGCUCAACCUGCGCCGCUGCCUCGAGACGGGCGUCGUCCUGAUGGACCUGGAGGAGAAGGACCUGCCCUCGGUGGCCUACCGGAUCGUGGAGCAGAUGGUGGUCGACGAGCUGAUCCACGAGGACGACAAGCCGGUCAUUAUGCGGGCGCUCCUGUUACGCCAUCGGCACGUGAACGAGAGCUCCCACGGAGGCUUCUCCUUCGGCCCGAAACGGAAGUACAGCAGCUACACGAGCCUGCAGAGCGUGGACGAUAAGAAGCCACGGAUCGUACCCGCGGCCGAGAUCAACGGGCAUGGAGGGCACAGCGACGCGCGCAUCAACAUCACCGAGGAGACGUAUACGUCGUCACAAGAGGACAUCAAGAUGCGCGCACAGAAGGAGUCGAUCCUGAAGCGCAUCCCCGAGGGUGCCGAAGCGACGACGGUCCUGGUCGGGGCGGUCGACUUUCUCGAGCAGCCCACGAUCGCGUUCGUGCGGCUGGCCGAGGGCAUCCCGAUGCCGAGCAUCACCGAGGUCCCGAUCCCGGUGCGCUUCCUGUUCAUCCUGCUCGGGCCGCAGCGCGCCCAGCUGGACUACCACGAGGUGGGCCGCUCCAUCGCGACGCUGAUGUCGAACGAGCACUUCCACGACAUCGCCUACAAGGCGGACGAUCGCCGGGAGCUGCUGUCGGCCAUCAACGAGUUUCUGGACGACUCGAUCGUGCUGCCGCCGGGCAAGUGGGAAAAGCCGGCGCUGCUGCCGUUCGAGGAGCUGAAGGCCAAGAGCGACAUGAUCCGGUUGCGCAAGAAGAAGGCGCUGGACGCGAAGAUCAAGAGCAAGCCGAAGCUGCUGACGAGCGAGGAGGAGAAGAAGCUGCUGGCCGCGGCCGGGGCCGGCCCGGGCGGCGAUGGCGGGGACGGUAGGAAGCCGAAAAAGAACCCGCUGGAAAAGACGCACCGCAUGUGGGGCGGGCUGAUAAACGACGUCAAGCGGCGGUAUCCGAUGUACAAGAGCGAUAUCCUCGAUGGCAUCAACUCGGAAACGUUCGCCGCCACCAUCUUCAUGUACUUCGCCGCCCUGUCGACGGCCAUCACGUUCGGGGGGCUUUCGGCGGACAAGACGCACAACCUGAUCGGCAUCUCCGAGACGCUGGUGGCCUGCUCGAUGGUCGGCGUCGUGUUCCACCUGCUCGCCGGCCAGCCCCUCGUCAUCAUCGGCACGACCGGGCCGCUGCUCAUUUUCGACCAAGCCCUCAACCAGUUUUGCCGCUCGAACGGCUUCAGCUUCCUGACGGUGCGCGUCUACGUGGGCUGCUGGCUGGCCGUCAUUGCGCUGGCCGUGUCCGCCUUCGAGGGCAGCGUCUACGUGCGGCUCUUCACCCGCUUCACGCAGGAGAUCUUCUCGGCCCUCAUUUCGCUCAUCUUCAUCGUCGAAACGAUCAUGAAACUGAUCUACGCGUACCGCCGCCACCCACUGCUGGCCGAGUACAACUACAAGAACGUCUCCCUGCCGACCGUUCCGACGCCGUACGCCGCGGACGACUCGAUCUCCAACGGCACGGCCGGCACGACGAUGCCGGAUCUGCUGGUCGAAAGCUUGACGAGCAUCGCGAACGCCACCGUGGCCACGGUGACCAGCAGUGCGGACGAAAGGGAUUGGGUGGUUCCGGCGGACGCGAUGGGACCGAAGAAUCAACCGAACACGGCCCUGUUCUGUACCAUCCUCACGCUCGGCACCUUCGGACUGGCGUACUACCUGAAGCUGUUCCGCAACUCGCGGAUCCUGGGCCGGAACGCGCGCCGCGCCCUCGGCGACUUCGGUGUGCCGAUCUCGAUCGCCCUGUUCGUCCUGCUCGACUACUUGGUCCCGCAGGUGUUCACCGAGAAGCUGAGCGUUCCGGAAGGGUUGUCACCGAGCGAUGAGUCACAGCGCGGCUGGGUCAUACCGCUCGGGGGCGUCCCCGGGUGGGUCCCGUUUGUGGCCGGCAUCCCCGCCUUGCUGGUGUACAUUCUAAUCUUCAUGGAGACCCACAUCUCGGAGCUGAUCGUCGACAAGCCCGAGCGUGGGCUGAAGAAGGGCUCGGGCCUCCAUCUGGACAUCGUGCUGCUGUGCUUCCUCAACACGCUCUGCGGACUGUUCGGUAUGCCGUGGCACUGCGCCGCCACCGUUCGCUCCGUGACGCACGUCUCCGCCGUCACGAUCAUGUCACGGACGCACGCACCGGGAGAUGCACCGCACAUCACCGACGUGAAAGAGCAGCGAGUGUCCGGCUUCUUGGUGUCGCUGCUCGUCGGACUGUCGGUAACGAUGGCCCCGAUUCUGCGGCUCAUCCCGAUCUCGGUACUGUUCGGUGUGUUUCUGUACAUGGGCAUUGCUUCCAUGAGCGGAGUACAGCUGUUCGAGCGAAUACGCCUAUACCUGGUGCCGGUGAAGCACUACCCGCAGGUGCCAUUCGUGCGGCGUGUCCCGACGUGGAAGAUGCAUCUCUUCACUACCGUCCAGGUUUUGGCACUGGCCUUGCUGUGGACCGUCAAAUCUUCGCCCUUCUCACUGGCACUACCGUUCUUCCUCAUCAUGAUGGUCCCGACCCGGAACCUGCUGGAGAAAGUUUUCUCGCCACUCGAGCUGCGCGCGCUCGACGGAAGCCAGCCGAACGAAGGGGCCGAGGAUGAACCCGAUUUCUACGAACAAGCACCCAUUCCGGCUUAAGUAUGGGAGCCGCUACUUUGCAGCAACGAACUGCGGUUGGUUUCGUUUUUUUUUGUGUCACCAUAAUGACGAUUUUACGACAGAUUUCCGUAAACCUUAUGUAUUUCACAUUGAUUUCAAACGUGUCUUUAGUUGUGUCCCAUUGCCGGGCCAGAGCAUAGGGGGUAAGAGUGUAUGUGCAAACAAUUUGUUGAGAGUGGCAAACUAUAUUUGUGUGAAUCACGAAGAAUCAAAACAUAGCAACGUAAAGGUACAUUUUCCGAUGGGUAAAGUCGCGCACUAACGAUAUGACAUUACUAAAUGGUAGACACGAAUCGGCAUGCCGAAAAUCGCACAUAGAAUGGUGUUACUAUGGGAACGGCACAGAAUCGAUGGCAAAUGGUGUUUGUAUGUGUGCGUGUGAGUGUAUGUAUGUACAACAAUCUGUGAUCAGUAUUACUUAUGUGAAUCGUUGAAAUCGUGAGCCAGGCAAAAGAACAAAGGAGGCCGAACAGAGUUAGAUAAUGUAGCAGCGAUGGCCGCACAAGCAUAACCCCCCCGGGGAGGAGACGCAUUACGAGACCGGUGUGGAAUUGAGGCGAAUCUGAAAAGUUGGCUGACUCUCCAGAUGAAUCGAGUACAGGAACAGAAGCGUGCAGUGGGGCAAUUUAGAAACCUAAACUCCCCGACACUCACAACAGUAUCAGGAAAACGUAAACCUGGCUAUCAACGGUAACUACAUGAGCUCAAUUCAUGGAUGAAACAAAUAUUUUUCUGACUAUGUACGGCCCGCCACUUAUCCGUUUUUAACGGACUGAAGCGUGAGAUUUUUGCAGGUAUUGCGAUGGCCAAGCCAGAGCUAGAAGUUACGACGGUAUCGGAAUCGGGUUGUAACCCCGGCGAAUCGGUGGCACACUGAUCGUGAAGAAUAUGUUCCCAUCUUUGCUAUGGUUUGUUGUUGAACGCCCUGAGAACUAUUUACACACCACCGUGUCGAAGGAUGCUGGGUCACGGAUGGGACGGAAUGAUGGAGGGAUGUUACUUAAAACUAAUGGACCACUGCGCGACACGAGAUGUAGCAUCAUCUUGUGUCCCCCGGGCCGAGAGUGUUGCAACUAUAAACUGUUGAUGCGUUUUUUUACAUCUUACUUCUACCUUGUUAGAUAGCGAACAACUAGUGUUGUAGUGAGAAUAUUCUAAAGGCGAAACUUUAGGAGAUUGUAGAGUGCAUGUUAGCUCUUCGCAUUACUUACAGUAGAAUAGUAUCCGGACGCAGCGGACUAGG